ACACUUCACUUCCCCCCAGAAGGAUGGUGUCCCCCCAGACUAUGAUAGACACAACCCGGAGCACCGGCACAUCUACAAGUUCGUGCGCACUUUAUUCAAUGCUGCUCAACUCACUGCCGAGUGUGCCAUUAUUACACUAGUCUACCUUGAAAGGCUGUUGACAUAUGCUGACAUAGACAUGACACCGGGAACGUGGAAGCGCAUUGUCUUAGGUGCUAUCAUUCUUGCCAGUAAAGUCUGGGAUGACCAAGCUGUAUGGAAUGUUGACUACUGCCAGAUCCUCAAGGACAUUUGUGUUGAUGAUAUGAACGAGUUGGAGCGUCAGUACUUGGUAAUGAUCCAGUUCAACAUCAACGUGCCGUCCUCCGUGUAUGCCAAGUAUUACUUCAGCUUACGUACCCUAGCAGAAGCCAAUGAUUUGACCUUCCCGGCAGAAACUCUGAGCAAAGAACGCGCUCAAAAGUUGGAGGCCAUGUCCCGCAUCUGUGAAGACAAGUACGCAUCCCAGUUGGGGCGUAAUGGCCACAAGAAGUGGAGCAGUCUGGACAAUAUCAACGCUACAUGCCGACGCUCAGUGGCAAUCCUCUCAUGAUCUUAGGUUCUAAGAUAAAAUCUUAUGCACAGAGGUCUUUAACUAUGUUAGGAAAUACAUCAUCUUACUACAGUUUCAACCUCCAUGUUUGUUAACGUCGGUGGUGGUGAUAUUUUUUAUUAAACGUUGAGGCCACAGUUCAUGGUGAUCACUUUGUCUUGGUCUCCUUAAUAUAAUCUUGGGAUUUUUGCCAAAUACUUUGUGACUGAAAA